GAUCAUAAAAGGAGCGGUGGUCGACGGAGGUGGAGUUUUAAAGAUCAACGCCGUAAAAAAUUCUAUAACUUAUCUCACAAAUUAUGUUAAAAUGGUCUAAACCAGGCUACAAAACCCAUCCAACUUUUGCCUUGGCAUCAAAGAUCAUGGGAAAGCUUUUACUUCGUUCCCUGGGUCUAGUAGUUAGUACAUGAGGUGUUAUCAUAAUGAGGUAUGUGGUUUGAAUCUCGACAAAACCGAGACAAAUAUCUCCUUUAUGUGCUAAUUACUAUUCCAAAGAUUAGUAGUUGUCCGUGAUUUACCUCUUCUAUGUUGACCUGGACGGAUUAACACGGACGCUAGGACGAACGUAUUCAUCUUUUGUCAUAAUGAGAAAGCUUUUACUUCACUACGCGUUUUCUUGGAUCCUUAACUAUAGGACUUAUGAGCUGAUCUGCAGUCAAAUCUGGAUCACUAUAGCAAAUCUACCAUCACACUAAAUCACCAUAACAAAGAAGCAGACAAAGCAAAAAGGUGUGAGUGCUUUGAUUGAGGGCGUCGGUGGCAGCUUGAAUGAUAAGAUUGCUUGUAGGCACUGGUUACUUCUUCAGAAAUGAAGAUAUCAGAUGGAGUUCUUGUCUUCCUGGUCGUCAUUUUGUUUGCUUCAAUGGCAGCAUCAACCAUGGAUGUGGCAGCUGAGGAUCUGGGAGUGAACUUGGCUAAAAGGCAGCAGAAACACAAGCAUUCUGGGUUUUCUCAAGCAGAGUGCCCUGGUGCCUGUCAAUACAGAUGCUCCAAGACAGCCUACAAGAAGCCUUGCUUGUUCUUUUGUCAGCAAUGCUGCUUCAAGUGCCGGUGUGUGCCUCCAGGGACCUAUGCACACAAGGAGGUAUGCCCAUGUUACAAUAACUGGAAGACCAAGAGAGGGGGGCCCAAGUGCCCUUGAAGAUUCAAUUUGAAGAUCUAAACAACUUCCCCCGGUUCUCAGUAACCAUCUUUAAUAAUACUGUUUCAAAUGAUGGAAUUGUCCUAAUAUGAAGGCUUUGCAUAAUUCUGUUGAGUUAAAUCUAUGAGUUUGCUUUA